GUUUAGUUAAUUAUUACUUUUACAGGAGCGGCUUUUGAAAAGGAUCUCACCACAGCAAGCUUUCACCCUGGCAAACAGGCAUCAUGAAGCUGGAGCAGCAUCUCUCUGUUUGUGUCCUGCUGCUUCUUUGUGUGACACAAAGUGCAGAUGGAGGGAACAUUUUGGUGUGGUACACUGAAGGCAGCCACUGGAUUAACAUGAAGCCUUUGCUGGAGACACUGGUCGACAGGGGACACCAGGUGACGGUUCUGGUCCCGAGCACGUCGUUGUUCAUGAACACCAGCGAGCCUUCACGCUUUGGCUACGAACCCUUUAAUGUCUCCAUUUCAAUAGAGACCUUAGAGGAGUUCAUGAAAGAAUUCUUCCAGUUUACCAUGUAUGAGAUGGAUCAUAUGAGCUACUUGCAAAUUUACAUCAGAUUUAUUGAUAUAAUUAAGGUUAACCUGAAGUAUUCUUUGAAGUUUUUGGAUGGCGUGCUGAAAUCAGAGACCAUCAUGAAGAAGCUGAAGGAUGGAAAAUAUGACCUCCUCCUGUCUGACCCCGUCUACCCUGGCAGUGACUUAGUAGCAGAUAUUUUGGGGAUCCCCCUGGUCUUCUCCCUGCGGUUCUCCAUAGCUAAUAACUGGGAGAGACAUUGUGGUCAGCUACCUGCUCCUCCUUCCUUUGUCCCUGGAGCUAUGAGCAAACUGACUGACAAGAUGAACUUCUCAGAGAGAGUGUGGAACUUCCUCUUCUACGCUCUGCAGGACGUCGUAGUGGGUCACUGUUUUUGGAAAGAAGUAGAUAAAUAUUACUCUGAAGCUAUUGAAGGCAGCCACUGGAUUAACAUGAAACCUGUGCUGGAGACACUGGUUGACAGGGGACACCAGGUGACGGUUCUGGUCCCGAGCACAUCCAUGUUCAUGAAGACCAGCGAGCCUUCACGCUUUGGCUACGAACCCUUUGAUGUCUCUGUCUCAAUUGAGGCCUUAGAGGACUUCAUGAAAGAAUACCUUCACUUCUCCAUGUAUGAGAUGGAUCAUAUGAGCUACUUGCAGAUUUACAUCAGAUACAUGGAUCUGAUGAGGGUCGAUAUGCAGUUUGCUCUGAAGUAUCUGGACGGCGUGCUGAAAUCAGAGACCAUCAUGAAGAAGCUGAAGGAGGGAAAAUAUGACCUUCUGCUGGCCGACGCCAUCUCCCAGGGUGCUGACUUAGUAGCAGAUAUUUUGGGGAUCCCCCUGGUCUUCUUCCUGCGGUUUUCCCUCGCUCAUAACUGGGAGAGGUAUUGUGGUCAGCUACCUGCUCCUCCUUCCUUUGUCCCUGGAGCUAUGAGCAAACUGACUGACAAGAUGAACUUUUCAGAGAGAGUGUGGAACUUCCUCUUCUACGCUCUGCAGGAUGUCGUGACCGAUUACAUUUAUUGGCAAGAAUUAGAUAAAUAUUACUCCAAAGUCAAAGGAGCACCCAUCAGUGCCUGUGAGAUGAUGGGUAGAGCAGACAUGUGGUUGAUGAGAACCUACUGGGAUUUUGAUUUCCCUCGUCCUUUCCUCCCUAACUUCAAAUUCGUUGGUGGGAUCCACUGCAGACCUGCUAAACCUUUACCAGAGGAUAUGGAGGAGUUUGUGCAGAGUUCUGGAGACGCUGGCAUUGUGGUCUUCACUUUAGGAUCCCUGAUCCAGAAUAUCACCGCAGAGAAGGCAAACAUGAUAGCCUCAGCCCUCUCUCAGAUCCCACAAAAGGUGCUGUGGAGAUACAGGGGGGAAAAACCAGCGACUCUAGGUGCCAACACCAGAGUAUACGACUGGAUCCCCCAGAAUGACCUACUGGGUCACCCCAAGACCAGAGCUUUCAUCACCCAUGGUGGCUCAAAUGGGAUUUAUGAGGCCAUCUACCACGGUGUUCCCAUGGUUGGCAUCCCCAUGUUCGUUGACCAGCCAGACAACAUGGUCCAUAUGAAGGUUAAAGGAGCUGCAAUUAUACUUAACUUGAACUUCAUGAAGACUGAGGACCUUCGAGAUGCAGUCAAUGCUGUCAUCAAUGACAAAUCGUACAAGGAAAAUGUCAUGCAGCUGUCUCGUAUCCACCACGACAGACCAGUGAGUCCUCGGGAUGAGGCGGUAUUCUGGAUCGAGUUCACCAUGAAAAAUAAAGGGGCCAAGCACCUGAGGGUUCAGGCCCACGAGCUCACCUGGUACCAGUAUCACAGCCUGGAUGUCCUGGCCUUCCUCCUCGCCAUCGUUCUGCUCCUUGUGCUCCUCUUCAUCAAGACCUGCAGUUUCUGCUUCCGGAGAUGCUGCGGCAGAAAGGGACAGAUGAAGAGAAAAGCUGAGUAA